AUGUGGGCCAAGAUGGAAUUCUGGGAUGGGAUGGAGCACGCCUUCAUGAUGCCCAGCAUCACCGCCGAAGAACGAACAGCCGUCUGGGACGCGGUGGCCGGCUACGUCCAACAACAACUCUUGCUGCGCAAGGGAGUGCGAAUUCCCACCCUCGGCUCCUUCGACGCCGUCCCCAAACGGAUCCAGGCUGGAGAUGAAGCCGUGAUUAUCCGGAGGCCCGUGUUUCGCCUGGCUAGGAAUCUCGUAGUCGUCCACAACUUGACGGACGACAAAGCCUACCUGCCCGGCAACAAAGAGCUGGAGCCCCUCAAAUAUUCCAAGGUGGCCGCGGCCGCCUCGGUGUCCCGACGGAAAGCGGAGGGUUGCAUCCAAGGCACCACGUCCCUCCUCUCUCACUGCCUGGGGAAGGGGGAGAACGUGGCCCUCGUCCUGCGGGACGUGGGGGUGCUGCUCAUCGAAGGCAGGAAGGUGCAAAUGAAGUUCUACUACGAUUUCCUGGAGACGUUGUGCGGGAAGGAGAACUUGGAAAAAGCUGUUUUCAAGGUCCCCCAGCUGCUGGACGUGGUGGUGUCCCGGAUGACACCCGUGGCCUCACUGAGUUUCUCCGGCCGUGUCAUCAUCUUUCCCAAGUUUGAAAUGGAGUGCGUGCCCAAACCGCUGCCCAGGGUUUUUCUCAGGGCCUUGAGGCAAGUCCCUGGCGAGGAGAAGCAGCUGAGACGACAGGCUUUGCCACCUCUCGGACAAGGCAGGAAAAACAAAGCACCUUCCGGCUCUUUUCCCUUGCCUAACAGCGCGAUACCACAGUUCUGGGAGAUCACGGGGACGAAGGAGAGGAAGAGGAAGAAGUCGCGGGUCAGGCGGCAGCCGGUGAUCCCGAGGGAUCAGCCCGUGAGCGGUCAACGCCAGGGCAAACCCACGGCCAAAGACCGGGCGUCAAAGCAGAGCCGAGCGCAGGCGGCAGAACCUGAGAGCUGCGGAGGCGAAGGAGAAGGAGUAGUGGAGAAAAUCCUCGCCGAAAUCGCGAUGAUGAAGGCGACGAAGGCCAAGCCCUCCCGUCCUCGGGAGGCCUCCACCUUCGUAACUCCCGUAAUAGCCGUAUUAUCGGCAACGAGCUCUGAGGCCAGCCUGCCCGAGGAGCCCACCUACGAGGUGCUCAGACGGCCGCCACCGAGACCAAGACGGCAAAAAUAA